AUGCUGAUCCUUUGCAGCGCUGCCAAGCUCCUGGAGAAGAGUCCAUUCUCUGUUGGCGCCCCGAGCCCCCUGCUCCCCUCGCCGGCGAGCCUGCAGCUGGCGCAGCUCCAGGCACAGCUCACGCUCCACAGGCUGAAGUUGGCUCAGACUGCCGUCACCAACAACCCAGCUGCUGCCACUGUCCUCAACCAGGUGCUCUCCAAAGUGGCCAUGUCGCAGCCACUCUUCAACCAGCUGAGGCACCCCACGGUGAUGAGCGCCCCGCAGGGCCACGCUGCAGGCCCACCCCAGGGGCCAGGCAUCGCUGGCUCGAGGUUCCCCUCUGGUGGCAUUGCCUUUCCUGGCCAGAGCCCGGCCUUAGCUGCCCCAGGGGGAGGUCUGGGAGCCGUCCAGGCCCAGGCGCCCAACGCAAUUGUCAUGAAUCCCUUUGGAAGUGUCAUGGCUCCGACCUCUGGCCAGCAACCCGUGGUGGUGGGUCUCAACAAGGCAGGUGCUUCCACAUCUACUGCUGCAGGGGGCUUUUAUGAGUACAGCAAGCAAAACGCUGUCACUGCCACUUCUCAGGUGUUCGCCUCAGAGGGGGAACAGUCCAGCCAGCACGGCUUCCUUGCUGGUGGCAGCCACACUGCCACCCCAACAGCAGGGCCGCGCUACGAGAGUCACUUUGGGGCUCCCGGCCAGCUGCAGCACGAGGCGGCAGCGACGUUUCCCAAGGAGUCCUACGGGGCAGCAGCACAGCACGGUGCAGCACGGGCCUUCCCCAGCGACCCACACACGGGCUCCCAUCCGAAAGGAGAUCCCGGCCCUGUCUUGCAUGGCAGCAGUACAAGCAACCAGUGGGAAAAUAUCCCUAAUUUCCCCAGCCAAAACAAGUCUGACCUCAUGCCCGGCGACAGCCUGUGGCCGUCAGCGAGUCAGCAGCAGUAUGAAAUAAGAAACGAGCUGUACAACCCCGAAGAGCCGACACCUGACACAAAGUUCAGCACGGCCGCCCCCCCCGCCUUCGGCCGCCUCAACCACAGCGCGCAGAGCUUCGGCAGCCCUCGCAUGAGGCAGAAGGAGGAGCGCAGUGGCGGCACGCCCGAACUGCCCACCCGCUCCCUGCCGCCGCACCAGCUUGGCGACCUCCGCGGCGUGGCCCCUCUCCACUUCCCCCACAUCUGUGCCCUGUGCGACAAGAAGAUCUUCGAUCUGAAGUUUCCCCAGAGGAAAUCUACGUUGGGUCGAGUUGUUCACAUUUGCAACCUCCCCGAGGGAAGCUGCACAGAGAAUGAUGUCAUUAACCUGGGCCUCCCAUUUGGAAAGGUCACCAACUAUAUCCUCAUGAAAUCUACCAAUCAGGCCUUUCUGGAAAUGGCUUACAGUGAAGCAGCCCAAGCCAUGGUACAGUACUACAAAGAAAAACCUGCCAUGAUAAAUGAUGACAAGUUACUUAUUAGAAUGUCUAAAAGAUACAAGGAAUUACAGCUGAAGAAACCAGGUAAGAAUGUGGCUGCUAUAAUCCAGGACAUCCACUCACAGAGGGAGAGGGACUUGCUGCGUGAAGUGGACAGGUACGGCACUGAGAGGCCCCGCUCCCGCAGCCCCAUAAGCCGCUCGCUGUCACCUCGGUCCCACACGCCCAGCUUCACUUCCUGCAGUUCACCACACAGCCCGCUGGGGACCAGCAGGACCGACUGGGGAAAUGGGAGAGACGCAUGGGAUCAGUCCCCCUAUUCUCGACGGGAAGAGGAAAGAGAUAGCAGAGAAUGGCGAGAGAAUGGGGACGAGAAGAGGGACAGGACUGACACGUGGGUACACGAGAGGAAACAUUAUUCCCGACAACUGGACAAGUUUGAUUUGGAUGAACGGCUUGAAGGAGGCAGAGGACACCGAGAAAAAUACUUAAAGACUGGUUCCCCUGGGUCCCUUCACCCUUUAUCUGGCUACAAGAACAGGGAAGAUGACUAUUAUCGAAAAUCCUCUAAGUCAAAAUCUGACAAGUUUCAGAGGCAGCUGCAGGAUUUACCUGGGAGAUCUAAGAGAAAGGAAGAGGCAAAGUUAAGGGAACGCAGGCAUUCUUACAGCGAGGACACUGCCAGGGAGGAUGCAGCUGAACAGAAGCACAGCAAAUCAUCCGAGGGCUCCAGGCAAAAACAAAGUGAUAAGAAUAAGGUGAAGAAAGCUGAAAAAGACCAAGAAGAUGCUACUGCUGAAGGCAGUGAUGUAAAGGAAACCAAACCUCCUGAGAACGAGCUUGAAAAAGAGGAGCAAGUUCCAGUGAAGAGCUCACCUUCAGAUAAUAAACAAGGAAAAGAAUCUGGAGAGAUUCUGGAAAACACAAGGAAAGAGAAGGACCGAGACUGGGAGAGCGGAAGUGAAAUAGAAGGUGAGACCUGGUAUCCUGCUAACAUGGAGGAAUUAGUCACAGUAGAUGAAGUGGGAGAAGAUGAUUUAAUUAUGGAGCCUGAUAUAACUGAGCUUGAAGAAAUAGUCCCAGUUGAUCAAAAAAAUAAAGCUGCUUCAGAAAUGUGUCCCUGUAUGUCAACCAUGUUAGAACUGAAAAAUGAUCACAGCCACUUAACAAGAAGUAAAGACAAAUUUGCCCAUAAAGCUUUAGAAACAAACUUCAGAACAGCAAAGGGCAAUGCAGCUUCUAGUGGCUGUCAGGAAGAUGAUGAGGAUGAUGAUAAUGAUGAUGCUGUAACUGAAGCAUCAAGCCUAAAUCUGGACCCUGAACAGAAGCCAGAGGAAUUGAAAGAAGACCAAUCUGCUAAGGAGUCUGAUUGCCAGCAGAAGGAAGGAAAAAUUGAUAAGAGCUCCGACACUCGUUUAGAGCCUGAAGAUCACCAAAUACCUUCUGUUCAUCUGAAAGAAGAGACUCUCCAGCUCCCUGAUACAUUUAUAGAUGAUUACAAACAGAUGGGAUCACAAGAAGCUGAGAGCAGAGAAGUUACGGAAAUGCUCAUUAAAAACGCUAGUGAAGAAACAAGACAUGGAAGCCAAGAGUGUCCAGAGGCCAAGGCAAAUUCUAGGUACUUGGAAAUGAGAUCUCUGGAAUACCCGGAGGUAGAGCCUAAACAAAGGCCCUCUGCAGCAGGCUGGGAACAAGAGGACGUCUUCACCGAGCUCAGCAUUCCCCUGGGUGUGGAAUUUGUGGUGCCUAGAACUGGGUUUUACUGCAAGCUCUGUGGGCUCUUCUAUACAAAUGAAGAGACAGCAAAGACAAGUCACUGCAGGAGUACUGUUCACUACAAAAAUCUCCAGAAGUAUCUAUCCCAGCUUGCAGAAGAGAGCCUGAAAGUGAAGGAAGAAGGCAGCCCUCUGCCUCAGGAUGACACUGGCAUUGUUCCUCAUUUUGCAAAGAAAAAACUAUGAUGCUGAUCAACUGGAAGAGCUGUAAUGAGUGAAUGCUGAUACAUUUUGUUUUUUUUUUUUUAAUUUCUAUGAUAUAACUGUCAAUUUGCACUGUACAGAGGAGGGGAAAUAAAGAGCAUGUUCCAUGCAUCUAUGCCCAGAGUGCCAUUAAAAACCAAAAUGCCUGAAACUGUUUCCCACGGUGAAGCAAUGCUGGCAUAUCUGUUAGAAGUGGAGCAAUUCUUUCUCACACUCUGCGUGCUGGGAGUGGUUUCCUAGAUUAAAUCAGAAUUCUCAGGGAUUCUUAAAGUUUUAGUUCUGAUGUAACAUGUCAGGUCAGGUGGAGUACUUAGCAGCACUCAGCAUCCUCCAGUGGACGCUGGAAGGAAAGGAGAUGUGACUAUUUAUAGGCUUUAAUGUUGCUUAAAAUAUCUUCAGCCAUUUCACUCAUUGCCCCAGUGAAAACUAGGAUUUGCAUUGGAUAUCUAAAACCAUUUUGCAAAAACUAGUGAGUAGAUGGCAUAAUGUAAACCCCAUCAGCACCCACCUCCAUGUCUUAGAGCUUGGUGGAAUGACAAAUGUUUGUGUUGUCAAGCACUGACUGUACACUGCCAGUGUUGUGCCAAUUCCGGGGGAGCCACAGUCUGUCCCAGGGACCUCAGAGCCUGAACCCAGCACAGCAAGAGCAGUUCAAAUGCACGUGCUGACAGCCAGCCUGCUCUGGUUUCAGCAUUUUCCAUGGUGUGGUCAGGGUGUUCUCCAGGGACCGUUGUGUUUGAAACUCUUCUUUUUGAUAAUUCUAAAGGGUGCCAACUUUGAGUCUUACAGACUUGAAACUCUCAUGAGAGGCUUUUUAAAGUGCCACAUGUUUGGACCAUGUCUCUUUUAGACAUUUUAUUCAAGUUCCUUGCUUUUGGGGUCUUUUUGUUUUAUUUAAAGCUUGCUUUUCCUCAGCUUGGCAGCGUUGAAUUUUCCUGGUUUUUAUGGAAAGAUGCCAGAUUUCUAAUAUUGUUUUUGUAUUUUAUUUCCCUGAAUUUUUUAAGGUGAAUACAACAACUGAUGGCUCAUGGAGCACUGCACUAAGAACACAGGAUGCACCAGCAGCUCUGGCAUUAUUAUGACCUAUUGUUUCUGCACAGUUGUUGCUUAGUAUUUUGCAAAGUCCCUUUGAAAUGCACUGUACAAGUUUCUGGUUCAUUUCAAUAGGGCUUUGUGUACUAAAGUGAAUAUGCAUGCAAACCAUUGCCAGGAUUGAUCCCAGAGUUUAUAAAAUGCCCUGUGCAAUCUGGGCUGAUGGGGAUUUGCAGGCAUUUCCAUUCUUUGCCUGACUCUAAUAUUCAUCACAGUAUGUUCUGUAAAAAUUGCUGGUACUGGAUGUCCUCUUUAGAUGUUGUGCAGAGGAAACAGUUUCCCAGAAGGUUCUAGCUUUCCCUAAGAGUGACAGGGAUGUUGCACAAUAUUGCAAAGUGGCUAAAUUGCCAAAACUGCUUCCACCAAAGUAUUUGUUCCAUUUUGUCUUGUGCCAGCAGCUGUGCUCGUUCUCUGUAGUACACUGUAGCCAGGCAGUGUCUCUCAGAGGUGCCUGGUGUUGUUGCCUGAAGCCCUGUUCCAUUCCAUGGCCUGUGCUUUCCACUUAUUUUUACCAGAGAAGCAAGUGCUGAUUCACGAGCUGCUGCUAUAUUUCAGCCAUCAGCACAACUCUUCCCAAACCCCUUCUGUGAGGUCUGAUCUUAAAACCAGCAGUGAGAGUCUGGUUGAAUUGAAAACUACUUGAGCACUAAGGCUUUCAGCAAAGACUACCCACUGAAACAAAGAAGAAUCACUUUCCUGAAAUGGAAGGGACCAAGUCAUGUAUUCAACCUCUUUCAAUACAAUUCUGUGAUCUUUUGGAGCCUUUGAAUUCUUCUUUAUCUACAAA